AUGGCGGCGGUGCCCGCGGCGGCAGUGGCGGGAGGGACGCGGCGCCGCCGCAGCGAGCGCCAUGCCGGUAGCCGGCGCAGGGGCUCGCCUCAGGCCCGCCGCCGCCCUGAGGAGCGCAGCGGCGGCGGGAGCAGCUCAGCCGGCGGCUGGCGGAGGGAGGAGGAGGAAGAGAGGCGGCGGAGGCGGCACGGGCCGAGCCUGCCGCGGCGGAGCGCGGGUGCGCGCCCCGCGCUGCAGUCCAAGGUGGAAAGGCCCAGGGGAGGAAGUAUAGACGAAGAGUCAUGUUUACAUAAAACUCCAAAGAGGUCCUUGAGUAGGAAAUCCCGAAUACCUACUUUCAGCUCUCCUGUUAAUGACACUGAUACACAGCAAGAAAUCUUUUGGGAUUCUCAUUCACCAGUUGCACACAGACUAGGCAGUGGAAAAACCAAACAGUCCACCAGUGGGUGCGCAGUAGAAAUCUCGGAAAUUGUUAAUCGUAUUGCUCCUCAGGAUGAAAAAUCAGCCUGUAGUGAAGGCUCCAUUUUAGGAACAUGGAUUGGUGAGGAUGCUAUUCCCUAUACACCUGGAGUAGUAAAAGUGCGAUCUAGGACAAAGUUGAGUUGUACAAGAGAUCUUAAGAUAACAAUUCCCGAAGAGGAACUCAUGAAAUUGGCUAAGGAAUUUGAUAGAAACCUAGUAGAGCUAGAUGCUGUUCAGGAACAGGAGAAGCUUGGUCAUAACUUCAUCCAGAGCACCUCAGAGCCUUUGAAUAAUUCUAAAGAUGAAGUAAACAUGAAGAACGAGAUACCACUCCUUGGUGAAGGUUCUGAAACAGAUACUGCUCUGUCCCUGAAACCAGUUGGACAGAGCACUGGCAUUCCUGCUGCAGGGCCCUGUCGGUCCAGCAGUCAAAAGUCUGUAGACCUUGAGUCUGAAAUAGCCCUUCAUGCUCUUUUUGACUGUUCUACCCAGAAGUGUAGUGGGCAGCUGAGCCAAGGACUGUCAGAUAUUUCUUUAAAUAACAGUUUUCAUAAAAACAAAAGUACCUUGGAGGAGGAGCAGCUUCUUGAGGAAACUGAAGUCGUGCAACGUGGUAAUUCAGAGGCACAAGAAAAAGGUGCAGUGGGGAGUGUGAACCACAUGGUACCAAAACCUGAUAUGACAAAAAAAAAUCCUCCUUCUUUGAAGACACAACUGGUGGACUCCACAAAGCUGGCUGGAGUAGUUAAUGAUGACUUUGAUGACUGGGAUACAGAUUUUUUGGCAGAUGACUCUUUUAUGAUGCAAAUAACCCAAAAUCCUGAAUUGAUAAGUGCUGAAGAACCACCACCAAUUCCUGCAAAUCCACCUGGCCAUGGUUUCAGUGAUGCUAGCAGAACAAAGCAAAGAAGUAGUGGCAAUUUGGUAACUUGCUUGGGGAGUGUAAACAAAUCUAACAGUUUGCAGUGUUCACCUUUGAAACAUUCUAGUAAAAACAUACAAAAUGUAAAAUCUCAGUCUUUACAAAAACCAUGUAAGACAGAAAACUCAGAGACCACAGCCUUGCAUGGCAAAUGUGAUGUUAAGCCAGAUAAAAUAAAUUCCAUUUGGAAAAGUGCUCGAAACAGUGAUUUGAACUGUAUUUCUGUUCCAGUGCAAUCUGAAGUGAAGAAUGGAAAUGAAACUACUCAGCCUAAAAGUGACCCUCUUUUUCCUUCGAGAUCUAAUCCUCAUAGACAACGGACAGAAAAACCUGGAAAUACCACCCAUGCUAUUUCCUGUCAAUCACCCAGUGUUUCUACCAGUAUGAAACCUAAUGAUCUAACUAAAGUGUUUGAAAUGCCAAAGAAAUGUCCUGUGCCAUUUCACGAAUGGAAUGAACCAAAAUUCUCUGAUGAGGUGUUAGAUAUGUUUUGUGGAUCCGAUAGCCUUUGGGAUGCUAACUUUGAGGAUGAUGAGUUGUUGUAUCAGGUGUGUGAUGAUAUAGAAAAGCAGACUCAGAGCCAAGAUGCUAAACAAGGAAAUGAAAGAACUAAAACUAUACAAGGAGCAAGUAGUAAUUCCAGAUCAAAUGUUGAUAAGAGCUUCCUAGCCUCUAAACAAGGACAUUGCCUCUUGGCACAAAAAACAAAUGCAAAACAGGAGGCUCUCUCUCUGAAUGAUUCCUGUAGGAAUUCAUCAAAGGUUAUACAUGGGCUGGCCACAACAGGUCAUGCAGUGAACUGUAAGAGCAUCUCAAGUCCUCGAACUGUGAUCUCAGAUCCUUCUACAGAGGGCAAAUACACACUGACAAAAAACUGUCAUCAGGAUGCUUCUGAAGAGACUACAAAGACUGUUUUGGGGAAAUGGUACAGGUCAAAUUCUGUGCCAGCAGGAGACACUGCUUCUGAAGGUUUGGAAGGAACCAAGAAUCAGGUGAACAUGACUUUGCACAGCAAGCUUGACAAUAAGAAAUCACCUUUCAAGAGGCACUUUUCAGAGUCUUUUGCACAGCCUUCAUCAGUGUCUGUGGUGGAACAGAAAAAUAGAAAAUGCUCUCAAGAAGAGAUUGAAAGAAAAAAACAAGAAGCUCUUGCACGAAGAAAAUCCAGAACACAGGCAUUCUUUAAAGAUGCUUGAAUUUGGAGUUUAUUUUUUCUGUGGAGUAAGUUUGUGGGAGGGAAAUACUGUAAUGCUGGAAGACACUUUUAAAACUCCAUUCACAUCUAUUGAUGGCAAGUUUUUUUCUGUUUCUCAAUGUAAAA